CUUCAAUAAACUGGGAAAUUUGACUUUUAAGCUGAUCAAAGAUACGACCCAAUUACCGAGCCCAAAUACUAGGUUUUAGAGUAUUUUUGACAUUAAUACCCUGUGUUUAUGUAUCAUGAGUAAUACUUGAAGGAUGUGAUGCGGUUUUUUGGACCGAUAAACAAUAUUAUCACAAGUAAAAGCCUUAAUAAUAGUCCUUUAUCACUAACAAAUAUCCAGCUAUCAUUUAUAAGGGAUUUUAUAAAUUCAGCAGAUAUUAUAAAACUGGAGUUUUGUGUUAUGGAUAACUCUAAAACAGAUAUUACUGAAGCCAAUAAAGAAAGCAGUCCACCAAAAUCUGGUGAAAUGCUUUGUACAGCUGCAAACCUUAUGGCUCCAUUGUCACACUUAUCAAGUGCACAGGCCACAAAGGUAGACCCAUUGGGUCUUGUUAUUGCAAAACGCAAACGUAAAGAAAUGGCCGAUCCUCAAAUUGCUGAAGCCAUACUUUCUGCAUCUAAACUACCACCACCAACAGUACCAGAAACAUCAGACACAGCAGAUGUUCCAGAAGAGCUGUUACAAAUAUUAGCAUUGGCAAAGGAUUAUGACAAAGAUGAUACAACAAAUGUUGAUUUUUUUAAGAAUUAUUCUUUGAUUCAGUCAAAAAAGUCUCUUAUCCCUCAAAUUGAUGAUGUAAGACAGACAAAACGUGGGCGUUUGCGUAAAUUUAUAUCACUAAAAAAGUAUUUUUCAGCUAAAGAUUCUAUGGAUGACAAUGAAGAAACUCAUAUUUUAGUACAAAAUUCAGUGCAUACUGAUGAAGACUGGUUUAUGGAAAGUUUUCUUCACGUCUUGUGCAUUUUUCUAAUCAUAUUAACACUACCAAUUUCGCUCAUCUUUUGUCUGAAGGUAGUGACACAUUAUGAACGUGCCGUACUUUUUCGUCUUGGCAGACUUGUUUCAGCUACAGCUAAAGGACCAGGAUUAAUAUUUGUUUUGCCCUGCCUAGACCGUUACCGUGUUCUGGAUUUACGUACAUUCACAUUCGAUGUGCCUACACAAGAAGUUCUUACCAAGGAUUCAGUUACAGUCGUCGUAAAUGCGGUAGUGUAUUAUCGUGUGAGAGAUCCUGUGCGGGCUGUAGUUAAUGUUGAAGAUGCAAAUCGUGCUACCCGAGUUCUUGGACAGACAACCUUACUUAAUGUACUAGGCACUGUAAAUUUGGACGAAUUACUGACUGCUAGAGAAGAUAUUGCGGCUUUAAUGCAGGAAUGUUUAGAUUCAGUUACAGAAGCGUGGGGUGUGAAAGUUGAGAGAGUUGAAAUCAAGGAUGUCCGAUUGCCCAUUCAACUUCAAAGGGCGAUGGCGGCAGAAGCAGAGUCCGUAAGAGAGGCGACCGCAAAAGUUAUAGCAGCUGAAGGAGAAAUGCGUGCUUCUGGUGCUUUGAAAGCGGCUGCUGUAGAAAUUAAACAACAUCCAAUCGCUAUGCAGUUACGCUAUUUACAGACAGUAAACAGUAUUUCAUCGGGGAAGCAAUCAACAAUAAUUUUUCCUGUCCCUCUAGACUUAACAUCAUUGUUUUAUAUGCAGCACGAUCAUAUUUUAUGUGCAGAUAUUUUUCAGAAAGAAGCUUUAAGAAUGAAGAAUAAACUGCAGCAUUUAAACCAAAAUGAUGAAGAAGGAAGCGAUGAUUUUGAAAACAUGACGCAGGGAAAAGAUGAUACAUGCAAACUGCCAGAUGGAAUUAAUAUUUUAUCAACAUCGUUUAAGGUACCCCAUCGAAUGUCAGGUGAUGAUUUCAUGGAAACAUUAUCACAAAUUGUCUAAUAUAGUGCUGGAAUAAUCAAAAUUCAAACUCUACAGCAUACUGUAAACCAUCAAUUUUCUAUAAAUCACCUUUUUUCAACAUACUGCCUUCAUUACACUGAUUAGGGUGUCAUAUAUUCUUGUAUAUAGUCAAAUGUUUUUAAUAGAAUUACAGAAAUUCACUUAAACAUAUACAUACAUUUACAUAAUAGAUCAUAUAAGUAACUAAUAUUUUUAUGUUUUUCACAAGUAGCUGAAGUAGAAAUAAAUUUUCUGUGACGAA